UCUUGUAAAGUGACUAGAACUGGCAGAGAUGGGUGCGAGAAGCACACGGCGAGAGCGCUGGCGGUAGGUGGUGCACCUACCGUAGCCUCGUGACUCUUGAGGUACCGUCGUGAUACCGUCGUGCGACCAUCGUGCGACCAUCGCGCGACCAUCGUGCGACUGUUGUCACAGUAACGUUUGUACUUUGACACCUUUCCAAUCAUGGCGGACGAUAACACUGUCAUAGAAGGCACUGUUAAAUUUCGGGACGGAAAAAAGUGGAAGUCUCGCUGGUGCGUGAUGAGGAAACUGUCUCCGGUCGCAGACUGCGUUCAUCUACAAGUUUACCGGGACUCUAAAGCCCGAUGGGGCGGUGCAGCGAGCAAAGCUUCCCUCUCAUUGCAACAGUAUCUCGGCUGCGAGGUCGGUUUCACUCUCGACAAACACUCACACACGAUCGCUCUGCUCUGCCGAGACUUUACUGCAGUUCUAGCUUUUGAAACACGUGAACGGCUAAUACAGUGGCAGGUUAAAGUUAACGCUCAACUAGGUGAAGCGAUACAACAUCUAGUGUUAGUGGGUUCUGCGAGUGGGUCGGCAACCGGCAAGCGACUGCCUGCUGGUCCGGCUCGACUACAUCUCCAUCAAAGUAGAUUUGCACUAACAUCUGGUGUACCUCCAAGACUUCUCGGAGUGUGGGAGAUUGCACAUCUGAGACGGUAUGGCGUCGUCGAUGGUAGAUUCUGUUUUGAGGGUGGUUCGCACUGUGGGAAAGGUGAAGGACUACAUGUGUUACUUACCGAUCAAGCAACUAAAAUUGCAAAAGAUUUUGAUUUAGCUUCUAGGGGUCAAUUGUCACCUAGACGGCGCCCACUGGAUAACAGAAAAAAUGAAGGUUUAAAUAGUCCUACAUCGAGCAAGUCAUUAAAAAAGGCUGAUCUUCGAAGAUUAGAACUUAAUACCAUUGAUCGAUCUCUUCCGCCUUCUGAUUUACGUCUGUAUGAAGAUCCGUGUCUAGAUGAAAUAGGUGCAAUAUCACCUUACUGGCCUUCCGCUGAGAGAACAAAUAUUAACGAAAUGGGUCUAGGCGAUACGGUAUCUGUAAAUGAAAACUUCGAUGGAACAGAUAUGAACCCAUGGAAUGGCAAUGGGAAUGUUAUGCUAGAAAGAUGUAUGAGCUGUAUAUCAAAAUUAGGUGCUUUAUCUAGAUCAUCUACCGCUGCUUUAACACCAGGUGCAAAACAUUUCAGUCCUGCUUGGACUAUGGAAGCGGUGGAUGAAACAAACAAUGAUGUUUCUACAAAUGAUGCACUUGGUUGCAAUGAAUUAAAAACACGUAAAGGAAAUCAGGUAGAAGAAGUUUGUCGAUGUUCGUCAGAACAGCCUCCUGAUCGUCCCCCGAAGCCUUCUAAAUUAGAGUUAAAUAUUACCAGAAAACCACCAAUGCCGUUACCAAUAAGAUCAUUCAGUCACGCACAGCUAUCAUCGAUUGGAGAAAACACUACAACGAAUGUCGAUCCUUAUGAUAAUUAUGACGUACCAAAAAUACCAUCUACCGAGAUUGACGGGGAGUAUUAUGACACGCCAAAACGACUGAAAGAAUGUCUUAAUAACGAACUUUUCAAAAUAACUAAAAGUUCCACUACUAAUAUUCUUAUACUAAAGAAACCUUGUGGAUGCUUAUUAAAGUUGGGUAAGAAAGUAAAGCAACCUACAAUUGUAGAUACCGAUGAGAAUUUACAACCAGUUAGUUGUCCUUGUCAGAGAGUAACAGAUUGGGCAAACAAUUGGAUUAAACUUCCAUAUUGUAAAAGAAGUGUAGAGGAAAAGGAAACAACAGUGCCGAACAAGGAAAAUUUAAAACCAAACAUAAAUGAACGUAGUGCAUUAUAUGCAACUGUAGAUCUUUCUCGCAAAACAAAAAGGAAAGCUCAAGAUAUUUAUCUAUAUACUGAGAAUCAAAUGACACACAGUCGAGAUUCAAAUUCCAUUGAAGUAGAUGAAGGACCUCAUGCUAACUAUGAAAAUUUAAAUUUUGCGCUUUCCUUAGAACAUUAUGAAAAUGCCAAAGAUCUUUUAAGAAAAGCUGGCGUCACACAGUCAGAACUUGAUGCGCUAAGUUCUAAUUUGAGACCAAUGAUGUGUCUAACCACGAUAGGGGAUAAACCAAUGUGUAGAAAAUGUGGUCACCCACAAGACUGUGGCCCUAAUCACAGAAAAAAAACCAAUGACGAAUAUCUAAUGAUGGAACCAAAUUCAUUAGAAAACAAUAAAAGUGAACCGGAAAAAUCACUGCCUUCUGGGUAUACUCCAAUGUCGCCAAUAGGAACCUUUGGUUUUCAUACUUUAAAAUACCCAACAAAAAGUCCUAUUAAUAGACUGCUUGACGAAAAGUCAGCUAGUAACCCAACAUUAUGUGGUCCUGAAAAGACUCAGCCUAGUAUGACCUCUGUAGGAGAACAUAUAGAGCUACGUCCUGCUCACAAUCGUCCUGAAUAUCGAAAACGUUCAAGUUCAGCUGAUUCUUCAAGAUUUCUUGAUGAUGUUAAGGAAUUUGAUGGAAGUGUAGGUAGCAGAGGUUCAGCGUCUUCUAUAGAAACUUUACGUGAUAUAGGAAUUCGCGAAACAAGUGCAACGUGCGAUUGUGCUACCAGUAAACAUUCAGAUGCUGAUAGCUCUGAAGCAUCUAAAGUAAAGGCUGGCAUAACAGUUACAGCUGGUGGAAAUAGGGAUUCAUCAAGUUCUAAUGAUUCAGGAGUUUCGAGUUGGUCAUUGCGUGGAGAAGCAGCGCCUGGCGCUGCAGAUUUUGAACUUCCUGCAACUACAGCAGCAACAAGACGUCGAUACCGUACUGCCAGGAGGGCCAUCGACUCUCCAAGAAGCACACCUGUUCGACGCUCAAGAUCUUCUGGAGGUACAAGAAAUUCCCCCCCGGCAACGCACAAGUGUUGUUCUGCCGAGGCAGAAGUUCCAGUUCUCAAUGUUAAGCCAUUAAGAGUAGUUAUGGAUACAAAUAGUACGUCCAGCGGUACCUCUGAUAUGUCAGACUACAUCGAGACGCUGUCUAUUUGUUCUUCACAUUCAUCAUCUGAUACACCAAUCACUAUGAGGGUAUUGCGUCAGACGACGAGCACUCUGCGUCCGCGUUCUGGCAAAGAAUAUCAGCCGCUGGCGCCUCGGCUUGCUGCGGGUCUGCGAUCCACUCAGCCACAACACUAUUCCAACCUCCCUUAGAUUUAUGGCACAUCUCAAUUCCAACUCGUAACGAGUGAAUUAGAUUUUAUAUAUCUACACCUUGUCGACUUCAUAAAGGUUUCCUGCUCGUAUUAAAGUAAACAAGGCUGGAGAAAUAAUUUUGUACUGAUUAUAAUUUAUAAUCUUAUUAUUAUCUAUUGUAACUAGUCAUACGAUGAAUUAAUUCUAGUCUCCUUAAUUUAUCUCAUCACAUCCGAUAGCGAGAGCUUUAUGUACUAUUAUUAUGUGUAGUACGAUAACAACCCACACUUCAAACCUGUCAUCAUUUUGUCUUAAGUACGAUCCGUCCAAGGCUGUCCCCCGGGUGAGUUAUACCUUAGUACAAGCCAAGCUAAAUGCUGCACAUUGCAACGUUUUUUAGUCAUAAAUUUUCGUCAAUAUUAUAAGAUUGAAAAUUAGUGAAAGAAAAUCGUAAAAAGCGUUAGCUUUUAGCUUGAGAAUAUACUAAGGAUAUUGUUUUAUAGCUACAUCUGUCACUUGUGUCCUUGCUUGAUAUUUUGUAUCCAUUUGUAUAAUAUGAACAUGCCUUGUAGUCUCUAUGGCCUGAGAUGGAGAGUUGAGCCUUGAAAUUUAUUUUCGUUAUAUUUAGGUAACUGUAAUAAUGAUAUUAUUAUUGUAAUAUAAUGAUGGACAUUUUCUAAAAUUAUCAUAUUUGAUUACUUGUGAUAUCUGUAUUUUAAAGGAAUUUUUCCAUAGAACUUCUUGUGCCAAAUUAUGACAUACAAUUAUAUAAAUACAAUUGAAAAUCGAUUUGGGAAACAGUACGAAUUAUAUGACAGGUUAUUAUUACAGCGAGACGUUUAGUACAUCGUCUUCGUUUGCAAACAUUUAAGACAGUCUAGUUAAUUGAUUUAAUUCCUUAUUUAUUCUUAAAGUAUUUGU